AUGAGGGUGCUCCUUGCCAUGUGCACCUCGUUGUACGCGGUGAGCGCACAAAGGGAAAUCGAUGCAUGUAUCCAGCAGCCAGAGGGCCAAAAUUGCUCAUUCUCGGCAGCUGGCGGCAUCAUUGAGAGUGGGACCUGUCAAAGAAUUGGCCCGCAGAAUCACAGCAUGCUGGCGUGCCUGAAGCCCUACGCGAGCGAUCCCGCUUGCCACUUUGGCCUCUUCCACAGCCGCAGCCGCGCCUGCUGCGCCGCCCACUGCGCCGCCUGCAACGACGAGCGGCGUACAACGUCGACGUCGACGGAUGGAGACUGCUCCGUAGAGCAGAUCCUACGACUGGCGCCGUCGUGCACGGAGUCCAGAGCGCCUUGUGUGGUCGCCCGCGUCUUUGCUACCCACCCAGCACCAGUGCCAAGUGGCACCACUGCCACGACCACCACGAGUGAUGUCGCGACGCAUGCGGCGGUGUGGGUGUCGGAAUUGAUACUGCCGCUGGUGGUCGGCUUUGCUGCCGGCGGCUGUGCCCUGACUCUUUGCUGCUACAGCCUCACCCUGACUCUUUCACCGUCUCGCGGUGCGCGCCGCGAGAGCGGUGAGACGGUGCCGGUCUCACCGGUCGGUGGGUCGGCGGCGUGUGUGGGUGAGCGGCCAAAGAGAGAGCGUGCGAAGAAGCCCAAGGCCAAAAGGGCCAAGCCCAAAGAGGACAUGCCCGACUUGAUCGAUCUGCGCGCCGAAAACGCCGCCGAGACGGCCCGCGGUGCACCCAAUCACGGCCACGAGCAAUCGACCAUCCAAUUGGUGGAUCCUUGGGCACCGUGCGCGCCGCUUCCACCGGACGCCUCGGACCCCGAUCCAUGCUCUAGAAGCGAGGGGAAAUGGGCACAACUGGAGUCUGACUUGGACGCGGCCCUUUCUACGCACUGGUCGGCGCCCGACUUCCGAUGGCCAGAGGCGCCAAAGGUAAAUGGCCUUUUUGAUCCGGCACAACUCUUAUAA